AUGGACGUAUACGUCCAGAUCACGGGUCUGGACUCAGGAAAAACGCGUGGAGUCAAGGCGCUACUUGACAGUGGUUGCAGCACCUGCUGCAUCGAUACCGACUACGCACGGGCAGAGAAGUUGGAUAUCCAAGAGCUUCCACAACCCAUCGUGGCUUGUAACGCCGACAACACCGAGAACAUCAGCGGUCGGAUCACACACUACGUUGAUCUGAGGAUGAGAAUCAGUCCUCAUGUGGAGACACGCACGUUCCUUCGGACGUGCUUGGGGAAAGCCCGGAUCUUCAUCAGCCUCGAUUGGCUGAUGGAACACAACCCCAAGGUGGAUUGGCAGGAGCAGACCAUGAGAUUCAGCCGAUGCCCAGAGCGGUGUCACAUGAGGGGUCACAAGGAACAUCAAGCGAUGAUUGACAUGGAUGCAAUUGACCUGGACACGAGCGCACCGGAUCUGGAAGAGGGAGAAUCAAUCCUGUUGGUCGACUUUGGGAAAGAAGUGGAUCUACGGCUGAAGGAAACACCGGCACAGAAAUUCGCAGAAGAAGCGGAGAGGGAGAAGGAGAGAAUGACCGAGGGAAAGAUUCCGGAUCAAUACCGGGAAUUCGUCAAAGUAUUUGCCAAGGAAUUGUUCGACUGA